AUGCGCAGAAAGCUAAUCGCAAUUACAACCGAUCGAACCAUACCUCGUUCUGUCUGUUGCUCAAAUUCGUUUAUAUUUCCUACUACGAUGGAUUAUUCUGAUGAAACGGGACGAUCCAACGACACUGAAUCGUCGACGUCGAAUCGUCGACAUAUAAUCGACUGUCUGUCCAGCGUAGGAUCUAAAACCAUUCGUAAGUCGACACCGUCGAGCGCGCUCAUACGUAGCGAAUUCGAAUCUUUGAUAUCGGAUAGCAGCGACGAGGAAGAAAAAGCAACGAUCGACCAGCUGGAGAAAGCAACGCGAUCGAAAACCGGUAAAGACACAACCUAUCCCCCUCCAGCCGACACGGCCAUUUUCGAAGACACGGACGAGAUAAUUCUAUCGAUGAUUUGGAACAACAGUCAUCUUGGCGCCGCUUAUUAUAACAUCGUUACGUCCGAACUAUUCAUUUUGGAAGACACGAUGGACGACGUUGAACGUUUCGACGUAACGAAUGCUCUGUAUAGGCAAUGUUUGCCCCGUUACGUGAUUACGAACGCUGCAGCGCCCGCUGCUUUUACCAAUGCUAUAAAAAAGAUAUUGACGACGGAAGCAUCGAACGAGGAAACGAAUUCGUUCGAUUCGCGCGGUACCGUGCGUAACGCCGUGUUGAAAGUAACCUGCAAAAAGGAGCAUAACUACGAACGGUGUUCUCACAGGGUGAGAUGCCUUCGACUCGACUCGGAGCCGAAGAACGCCAAUAACGUGGACAGACUAACCUUUUUGAAUACUAUACUCAAUUUUAAAUGCUGCGCGAUGAUACACGCGUUGGGUUCGCUCUUGCUGUUCAUUGACAAACACUGGAACAAUAUCGCGUUGGAUCCGUCCGGAAAACCGUCCUUCGUAUCGCUUAAUUACCUCAACCUCCGAGAUUUGGUCAUAAUGGACGAGGACACUUACAAGGCGCUGAAUAUCGUCCAAGCCAGAGAUCACCCGAGUCUUUUUAAAUUUGGCAAAACAAGUACAACGAUGAAAGGAAUCAGUUUAUUCUCGUUACUGAAUCGUUAUUGCCAUUCCAGACCGGGAGUUCAAUUCCUGUGGAAGACGCUACAUCAUCCGACGCGGAACAUCGCCGUAUUAGAGCAACGAUUAAACGCUGUCGAAUUUUUUCUGAAUUCGAAGAACCAGAGCGUUGUCGAGAAUUUAUCGUCUUGCUUAAGGCACGUAUAUCGUUUGACCAACACCGUGCUUGCCUGUUGUUCCGGACCGCAAGCCAAGCCAUCCAAUUGGUACAAAUUGCACAAGACCAUUUCGCACGUAAUUUGUAUCGCGGACAUAUGCGAAGAAUACGCAGGACGAAUAGAACUGUUUAGGCAAAUAGCCGAAAGUAUCACGAGCGAGAUGCAAUACGUUAAGUACUUUAUCGAAUACAUAGUGGAUUUUGGCGAGAGCAGACGCGAAAGCAAGCUGGUGGUUAAACCGAAUGUCGACCCCUUGCUGGACGAACUGAAUAAUGUGCGACGUACUCUGCCCGAAUUGCUUACGCAAAUGGGAGAGAAAGAUAUGCGAGAGCAUCUUCCAUCUUCUGUCACCGGUUGUAACAUGCUAUAUUUGCCAAACAUUGGCUACGUUUUAGCGAUAAACGAGUGGAAUCCGACUCCGCCGACGAAAGACGCUACUUAUCCUGGUUUGGAAUUCAAAUUCAGCAUUAAUCAGGUGCAUUAUUACAAAAGUUCUUCGGCGAAAGAACUAGACGAGACCGUGGGUGAUAUCAUAUUGAAAAUAGCCGUUCGGCAGAAUCAUAUCGUACAAAAGUUAAUACGAUACAUAAAGAAACACACAGGAACAAUUUUACGCACGAUUCAACUGUGCGCCGAAUUGGACACUUUAUUGGUGUUUUACAAAGUGGCGCGCGAUUAUAACUAUGUCAGACCAAACGUGACCGAGUCAAAGAUCAUAAAUGUGGUCGAAGGACGGCAUCCGCUGAUGGAAUGCGCGACGACGUUCGUGCCAAACGACAUACGUUCGGGGGAAGGUGCAAGUUUAAUCAAAGUUUUAACAGGGCCAAAUUCUUGCGGCAAAAGCGUAUACCUAAAACAGAUCGGACUCGUAGUGUUCAUGGCUCAUAUAGGUUGUUACGUUCCUGCAAGAACCGCGACGAUAGGGACGAUAUCUCGUGUUCUGACUCAAAUGUCGAACACAGAAAGCAUCGGACUGAACGCGAGUUCGUUUCUACAGAAUCUUCGGCAGAUAAACGUGGCUCUACGCGCAUCUACAUCAGAUUCGAUCGUAAUAUCGGACGAAUUAGACAGAGGAACGUCCGAAAUUAGCGGAUUGUCGCUGGUUGCAGCCGUACUGAACACGUUCGCCGAAAGAGGUUCGAACUGUCCUCACGUGUUUGCCGCGACGCACGCGUAUAACGUACUUGCGUUACUGCCUCAAACUCCUGUAAUCGAGACUCAGACGUUCGAAUGCGUGAUCGACCAAGAUGAAUCACUGGCUUUUCUCUACCGUCUGACCAACGGUAGCACAAAGCGCAGUUUCGCGCAUUACGUAGCGAGAAUCGCGGAACUGGAAGAAGACGUUGUUAAGCGAGGAUUGUUGGUAUUCCAGAAGAUAAAACAACACGAUUUACCAUCGAGUAUUCAUUGUCGUAUCGAUAGAAUGAAACGUAUCGUCGAUCGAUUCAGAGGGGACGACGAUUUAGAUUUGGAGGAACUAAAAACACUAGUGCGGCAAGCUGUGUUUCCGAAAUAAUCGCAGGCACCUCGAUUCGAAUAAAACAGUCGUCUGCUACGAAGACCAAUCGUUACAGCGACAAAUAAAUAAAACAUCUUUGUAUUUUAUACGUAAAGGAAUAAAAAUAAAACGAGUUAAAAUUCAGGAUAAAAUUAAGAUAUCUGGUGUUCCGCAACAGCAGGCCACCGAUAUU